AUGGACAUAAUAUUUGGCAGAAAUAAGAAGGAACAACUGGAGCCUCUGAGGGCCAGAGUGACAGGCAGGAUUCCAGCGUGGCUGCAGGGGACCCUGCUCCGCAAUGGGCCUGGGAUGCACACAGUGGGCGAGACCAGAUACAACCACCGGUUCGAUGGCCUGGCCUUGCUCCACAGCUUCACAAUCAGAGAUGGUGAAAUCUAUUACAGGAGCAAAUACCUGAGAAGUGAUACCUACAAUGCCAAUAUUGAAGCGAACAGGAUUGUGGUGUCAGAAUUUGGAACAAUGGCCUAUCCGGACCCCUGCAAAAACAUAUUUUCCAAAGCUUUCUCCUACCUGUCCCACACCAUCCCUGAUUUCACAGACAACUGUCUGAUCAACAUCAUGAAGUGUGGAGAAGACUUCUAUGCAACCACGGAGACCAAUUACAUCAGGAAAAUCAACCCCCAGACCCUGGAAACCCUGGAGAAGGUUGAUUAUCGUAAACACGUGGCUGUAAAUCUGGCAACAUCACAUCCUCAUUAUGAUGACGCUGGAAAUGUUCUCAACAUUGGCACGUCCAUCGUGGACAAGGGGAAGACAAAAUAUGUGAUCUUUAAGAUCCCUGCCACAGUAUCAGGGGGCGGGAAGAAGGGGCUGAGCCCCCUGAAACGCAUGGAGGUGUUCUGCUCCAUUGCCUCACGCUCGCUCCUGUCCCCGAGCUAUUACUACAGCUUCGGAGUCACCGAGAGCUACAUCGUUUUCCUCGAGCAGCCUUUCAAGAUGGAUAUCCUCAAGAUGGCCACUGCCUACCUCCGGGGCAUGAGCUGGGCUUCCUGCCUGGCUUUCCACAGGGAGGACAAGACUUACAUUCACAUCAUUGACCAAAGGACGAGGAAGCCCGUGCUGACCAAAUUUUACACGGACCCCAUGGUGGUGUUUCAUCACGUCAACGCCUACGAAGAGGACGGCUGCCUUCUGUUCGACGUCAUUGCCUACGAGGAUAGCAGCCUUUACCAGCUCUUCUACUUGGCCAACCUGGACAAGGACUUCGAGGAGAACUCCAGGCUCACCUCCGUCCCAGCCCUCAAGAGGUUCGCAGUGCCCCUCCACAUGGACAAGAACGCAGAGGCGGGCUCCAAUUUAAUCAAACUGUCAUCUACAACAGCAAGAGCCCUGAAGGAAAAAGAGGACCAAGUCUACUGCCAGCCGGAGUUGCUUUAUGAAGGCUUAGAGCUGCCUCGGAUCAAUUACACUCACAACGGGAAGCAAUACCGCUAUGUCUUUGCUGCUGAAGUCCAGUGGAGCCCCAUCCUAACCAAGAUACUAAUAAUAAAAUAUGACAUUCUCACGAAGUCAUCCUUGAAGUGGGGAGAGGUACACUGCUGGCCGGUGGAGCCAGUGUUCGUGCCCACACCCGGUGCCAAGGACGAGGAUCACAGGAUUAUCUUAUCAGCCAUUGUCUCUACCGAUCCCCAGAAGCUGCCUUUUCUGCUGGUUCUGGAUGCCAAAUCUUUUACAGAAUUGGCUCGUGCCUCCGUUGAUGUAGAGAUGCACCUGGAUCUCCACGGGCUGUUCAUCCCAGGUGCCGACUGGGAUGCAGGGAAGCAGGCCUCUUCCCGGGAGGAGCGGGACAGGGCUGCUGAGCGCCAUGUGGCCCCAAGGACGUGA